UCCGGACUGGAAGGGGGGAAAGUGUCCGGACUGGAAGGGGGGGAAAGUGUCCGGACUGGAAGGGGGGAAAGUGUCCGGACUGGAAGGGGGGGAAAGUGUCCGGACUGGAAGGGGGGGGAAAGUGUCCGGACUGGAAGGAGGGGAAAGUGUCCGGACUGGAAGGGGGUGAAAGUGUCCGGACUGGAAGGGGGGAAAGUGUCCGGACUGGAAGGGGGGGAAAGUGUCCGGACUGGAAGGGGGGAAAGUGUCCGGACUGGAAGGGGGGGAAAGUGUCCGGACUGGAAGGGGGGGGAAAGUGUCCGGACUGGAAGGAGGGGAAAGUGUCCGGACUGGAAGGAGGUGAAAGUGUCCGGACUGGAAGGGGGGGGAAAG